UGAACGGUGAAACUCAUGUUUCUAGAGGGAGAACGGAUUAUGAACGCGUUUGGGCAGCAGCCGUCGAGCCAGCAGACCAGUCCCCUCCAGCACCACAACGCGCAGGACAUCCUGGACAUGACCGUGUACUGCGACACCAACUUCAGCAUGUACCAACAGAACCUCCACCAUCACCACCACCAUGCGCAAAGGCCACCUGCGCAUCCUUCCAGCUACGGACUCGGCGAAUACACCUCAGCCACAGCCAACCCGUACCUGUGGAUGAACAGCCCAGGUAUCACCUCGUCUCCGUAUCUCUCAGGCCCGAACGGGGGCUCUUACAUUCAGUCAGGAUUUGGAUCGAACCAGCGGCAGUUUCUGCCCCCUCCCACGGGCUUCGGAAGCGCAGAUCUCGGUUGGCUGUCCAUUUCAAGUCAGCAAGAACUUUUCAAGAUGGUCAGACCGCCUUAUUCCUAUUCAGCGCUGAUUGCGAUGGCUAUUCAGAACGCGCAGGAUAAGAAACUGACGCUCAGUCAGAUUUAUCAAUAUGUGGCGGACAACUUUCCUUUUUAUAAGAAAAGCAAAGCCGGAUGGCAGAACUCCAUAAGACACAAUCUGUCCUUGAACGACUGCUUCAAGAAAGUCGCAAGGGAUGAGGAUGACCCUGGGAAAGGAAAUUACUGGACUUUGGACCCCAACUGCGAGAAAAUGUUUGAUAACGGCAACUUCAGAAGGAAGAGAAAGAGAAGAGCUGACGGAAACGCAAGCACCCUGUCGGUGAAAUCCGAGGAAGCGCUCAAAUUGGCGGACACGGCGAGCCUGAUGAGCGCCUCCCCGCAGAGCCUCCAGAACUCUCCGACCUCUAGCGAACCCAAAUCGUCCCCCUCACCGUCCGCAGAGCACAGCCCGUGUUUUAACAACUUUAUCGGUAACAUGAACUCGAUUAUGGCUGGAAACAGCAACGGGAUCAGAAGCAGAGACGUCAGUUCUGGACACUUGGGGGAUUUUACGCACGGCAUGUCUGGACAUGAAAUUGCCCCUCCAUCAGAACAAGGCCAUGUCAACACCAACAGACUCAACUACUACUCAGCAUCCCAUAACAACAGUGGCUUGAUCAACUCGCUCUCCAACCAUUUCAGUGUCAAUAAUCUCAUAUACAACCGGGACGGGACAGAAGUUUAGAGUUUGUGAACCUCUAAUGUGCUCUGUGAGUACAUGGACAAUCUGUUCUUACAUUCAUUUGAAUUCAGACUGCCUCUGUUUUGGGCUGCAUCAGCAAGUGGGCUUGCAAAUUGCAUCAUUUACAUUUGUUCUGCUUGAAUAAA